AAGUUUCUCUCUCCUGUGGGGAAGGCUGCUUGGAUGCUCCUCUUUCAAGUUUUUCCAAUUUGGUUUCUGAGAUUCAGUGGCCAACUCUUCGUCCUCGAUUAGAUCUCCGAGCUCACUGGACGCAGUCGUACGGCCGUGGCCGACCUCAAUUCCGAUCGAUCAUGGCUCCUCCGGCGCAGGCUCAGCGAUCUUCUUCACCGUCUCAGCCUUCCGGAAAAGGCGAAGUUGCUGAUGUGAAAUCGCAGCUCCGGAAUCUUGCCGGCAGCCGAGCUCCGGGAGUUGAUGAUUCAAAGAGGGAGCUUUUCAAGAAGGUUAUCUCUUACAUGACGAUUGGCAUUGAUGUCUCGUCUGUUUUUGGAGAGAUGGUGAUGUGCUCAGCAACGUCGGAUAUAGUUUUGAAGAAAAUGUGUUACCUUUAUGUUGGGAAUUAUGCAAAGGUCAAUCCGGACCUUGCACUUUUGACGAUCAAUUUUCUUCAAAGAGAUUGCAAAGAUGAGGACCCGAUGAUCCGAGGGCUUGCAUUGAGGAGCUUGUGUUCGCUACGAGUGACAAACCUCGUGGAGUAUUUGGUGGGGCCUUUAGGUGCAGGUUUGAAGGACAAUAAUAGUUAUGUGAGGAUGAUAGCAGUUAUGGGGGUUCUGAAGUUAUAUCAUAUAUCGGCCUCAACUUGUGUUGAUGCAGAUUUUCCAACCACGCUUAAGCAUUUGUUGCUUAACGACCGGGAUACUCAGGUGGUUGCAAAUUGUUUGUCUGCCCUACAAGAGAUUUGGAGCUUAGAAGGAAGCGCGUCUGAAGAAGUAUCCAGGGAAAGAGAAAUUUUGCUUAGCAAGCCAGUUAUAUACUAUCUUUUGAACCGGAUUAGGGAAUUUAGUGAAUGGGCACAAUGUCUGGUACUUGAGCUGGUAGCUAAGUAUGUACCUGCAGAUCCCAAUGAGAUAUUUGAUGUCAUGAAUCUGCUCGAGGAUAGACUUCAGCAUGCAAAUGGUGCUGUUGUCUUAGCAACCACUAAAGUAUUUCUUCAAUUGACUCUGUCAAUGACUGAUGUUCAUCAGCAGGUAUAUGAACGCAUCAAAGCUCCUCUCCUGACCUUAGUGAGUUCAGGAAGUCCAGAGCAAUCUUAUGCGGUUCUAAGCCAUCUGCAUCUUUUGGUGAUGCGUGCACCUUUCAUAUUUUCUUCAGACUAUAAACACUUUUAUUGCCAGUACAAUGAGCCAUCUUAUGUUAAAAAGUUGAAGCUUGAGAUGUUGACUGCGGUGGCAAAUGAGAGUAACACUUACGAAAUCGUGACGGAAUUAUGUGAAUAUGCUGCAAAUGUUGAUAUUCCCAUUGCAAGAGAGUCGAUUCGUGCAGUUGGGAAAAUAGCUCUACAACAGUAUGACGUGAAUGCAAUUGUUGACCGACUUCUUCAAUUUCUGGAGAUGGAAAAGGACUAUGUAACUGCUGAAGCUCUGGUUCUUGUAAAAGAUCUGCUGAGGAAAUAUCCACAAUGGAGUCAGGAUUGUAUUGCGGUUGUUGGGAACAUCAGCAGCAAAAAUGUUCAAGAACCCAAGGCCAAGGCAGCUCUUAUAUGGAUGCUGGGGGAGUAUUCUCACGAAAUGCAUGAUGCACCUUAUAUUUUAGAGGGUUUGAUUGAAAAUUGGGAAGAUGAGCAUUCAGCUGAGGUUCGUUUACAUCUACUCACAGCAGUAAUGAAGUGUUUUUUUAAGAGGGCGCCUGAGACUCAAAAAUCCUUGGGAGCUGCAUUGGCUGCAGGCCUUGCUGAUUUUCAUCAGGAUGUUCAUGAUCGAGCCUUAUUCUACUACAGGCUUUUGCAAUAUAACAUAAGUGUAGCAGAACGAGUUGUGAACCCUCCAAAGCAAGCUGUUUCUGUCUUUGCUGAUACCCAGAGCAGUGAAAUCAAAGAUCGGAUAUUCGACGAAUUUAACAGUCUGUCUGUGGUAUAUCAAAAGCCAUCCUACAUGUUUACUUAUAAGGAACACAGAGGACCGUUUGAGUUUUCAGAUGAAAUUGGAAAUUUAUCUAUUGGGACAGAAUCUACAGAUACUGUUGUUCCUAAUAGAGUUGAAGCUAAUGAUAAGGAUCUGCUAUUAAGUACUUCAGAGAAGGAGGAGACAAGAGGUCUCAAUAAUAGUUCUUCUGCAUAUAGUGCUCCUUCAUAUGAUGCUUCGUCCUUGUCUGUUCCCACUUCUCAACUGUCGGAGUUGGCAAUUUCAAACCCUAGCGUGUCUGGAAAUGUUCCGCAGCCUAGCUUUGCAAUUGAUGAUCUCCUUGGCUUGGGACUACCUACUGCACCUGCGCCUGCACCUUCACCUCCUCCAUUGAAGCUUAAUCCAAAAGCUGUCUUAGAUCCAACAACUUUCCAGCAGAAGUGGCGCCAACUGCCGAUAUCUUUAUCACAGGAGUAUUCUAUUAAUCCUCAAGGAGUUGCAGCAUUGACAACGCCUCAAGCUCUCCUACGGCAUAUGCAAGGCCAAUCCAUCCACUGCAUUGCGUCCGGUGGUCAAUCCCCCAACUUCAAGUUUUUCUUCUUCGCACAAAAGGCAGAAGAAUCUUCUACAUUUUUGGUAGAGUGUAUAGUCAACACAUCAUCCGCCAAAGCUCAAAUAAAGAUUAAAGCCGAUGAUCAAAAUGCAACUCAACCCUUUUCAUCCGUGUUCCAGUCUGCCUUGUCCAAAUUUGGCAUGCCAUGAUCGUUUUAGUUCACAUCAGCAGAAAAUAGAGCACAAGUGAGUCCCUUCGAUUAGUUUCCUCCGAAAACAAAGGGAAAAGUGCGCAAGUGUGAUUUUGUGGAUGCAGAUAUUCUACAUGAGAUUCCAUAUGGGGUGAGUGGAUUUUUCUUUUCGUAAUGUUAAAUUUUCCUCUUUUAUUGUAAAACCGGAACCGAUAUUUCUGUUGUAUCCCCCAAACCACCACCCUCAAAUUUCUGGUGAAGUUUGGAGAGUACUAUGACGUGUAAAAUUCAUGUGCUCCGUUUUUUUAAGCAGGCAGAAUAAAGUUUUACAUUGUAAUGUAGAGAUACUUUUGGAAUUGGAUUUCAGUUUCUUCA